AUGGUUAGAUCGGACAAUAAUUCACUUAUUAAUGAAUAUAAUGAGUUGGCGAAUGAAUUCAAAAAUAAAUCCAAUGAGGCAUAUGAUAUUUAUAUCCAAAAUAUAGGCAGCUCGAUUUUGGGGAACCCGAAAAGAUUUUUUGACUUUGUUAACUCCAAACGUAAAUCGUCGGGAUAUCCGAGCUCCAUGAGCAAGAACGGGUUUAUAUCAUCUUCUAACUCUGAGAUGUGCAAUUUUUUUGCUGAUAAUUUUCAACAAACUUAUAGAUUAGAUUAUUUUUCUAAUUAUGUCUAUACGCCCACUAGUAUAGAUAAUGGUCAUCCACUUUUUAAAGAUAUUCAUCUUUCAGUUGACAACGUGCUUCAGGGUAUUUGUGACUUAGAAACCAAUAAAGGACCUGGACCGGACCUUAUACCGCCUAUACUUCUUCAUAACUGUAGAUACAAUUUAUCAUAUCCGCUUACUUUGAUUUUUAACAAGUCAUUAUCCUCUGGUUUUUUCCCUUCAAUAUGA